UCGAGGCCAGUGGGCUGGAGAAGGACCGGCCCGAGCAGAGUGAGCACGAAAGCGCUAUGGAGGAGUCGGCAGAAGCUGAUUCCGAGCUAGCCGGGUACCGGUUUUAGAGGUCCAGACUCGCUUCCUGAAUGUGGCAGAUAAUCGCCUUGCGUGUUAGGCGACACAGAGACCACUCUGACCUGGACGUCCUGGGUCGAUAGGCUGAGAAAGCUACAGGAUAAGAUGAUGUAAUGGCAUGAAAGUACCAGAAGGGCUCUCGCAUUUCAGAUCUGCUUAGCAAACCCGGUACAUCACCAUGUUAGCUGCCAGGUUUGUGUGUCUCCGGACACUACCUUCUAGGGUUUUCCACCCCACUUUCACCAAGGCCUCCCCAGUUGUGAAGAAUUCCAUCACGAAGAAUCAGUGGCUCUUAACACCCAGCAGGGAAUAUGCCACCAAGACAAGAGUUGGGAUCCGCCGUGGGAAAACUGUCCAAGACCUGAAAGAGGCAGCUUUGGAGCCAUCCAUGGAAAAAAUAUUCAAAAUUGAUCAGAUGGGAAGGUGGUUUGUUGCUGGAGGAGCUGCUGCUGGUCUUGGAGCACUGUGCUACUAUGGCUUGGGAAUGUCUAAUGAGAUUGGAGCUAUUGAAAAGGCUGUAAUUUGGCCUCAGUAUGUGAAGGAUAGAAUUCAUUCUACUUACAUGUACUUAGCAGGAAGUAUUGGUUUAACAGCUUUGUCUGCCUUGGCAGUAACCAGAACACCCGUUCUCAUGAACUUCAUGAUGAGAGGCUCUUGGGUGACAAUUGGUGCAACCUUUGCAGCCAUGAUUGGAGCUGGGAUGAUGGUCCAGUCAAUACCUUAUGAUGAGAGUCCAGGCCCAAAGCAUCUUGCUUGGAUGCUGCAUUCUGGUGUGAUGGGUGCAGUGGUGGCUCCUCUGACCAUCUUAGGGGGGCCUCUUCUCCUCAGAGCUGCAUGGUACACCGCUGGCAUUGUGGGAGGCCUCUCUACAGUAGCCAUGUGUGCACCCAGUGAGAAGUUUCUGAACAUGGGAGCACCCUUAGGAGUGGGCCUGGGCCUUGUCUUUGUGUCCUCCCUGGGGUCUAUGUUUCUCCCACCUUCCACUGUGGCUGGUGCUACUCUGUACUCGGUGGCCAUGUAUGGAGGAUUAGUUCUUUUCAGCAUGUUCCUUCUGUAUGAUACUCAGAAAGUAAUCAGGCGUGCAGAAAUAACACCAGUGUAUGGAGUUCAGAAGUACGAUCCCAUCAACUCGAUGUUGGGAAUCUACAUGGAUACAUUAAAUAUAUUUAUGCGAGUUGCAACCAUGCUAGCAACUGGAAACAACAGAAAGAAAUGAAGUGACCGCUUUUGGCUAUGCUGCUCAUCGGAUACAUCUCUUGUUGUGAUAAGGGCAGAUAGUCGUUUCAGUUUGAGGGCAGCUUUUCUUAAGGUUUAGAAAAUAACCUGUCAUUGUGCUUAAAUGUUUCAGUAAUAUGACCCUUCAGGCCUGCCUUUUCUUUUAGAAAAUAAAUUCAAUAGUUCUCUUCCAAAUAGGCACAUACAUUUCCGGCUGUCAAGUUUGAGUAACUUAAAAAUGCUUUCAUGAAUGUGGAAACUAAGAUUUUUGUUAAAAUUUAAGUAUUUUUCAGAUAUUGGGCAAGUAAACGUUAGCAAAUUUGUGUCUGCAUAGUUGUGGGGGGUUGUGGAAUAUUGCAAGUAAUGUCAUAAGUGAUUUUAGAGAAAGGUCAGAAGUGGCGUACUGUCAUUCUGAAUGCUUAGGACAUAGUUGUGAGUGUGGCAAGCCAGAGGUCAGCGAUAUGAACACACAGGUGAUCGCUGUUGAUCCACUAGUCUGCGAAACAGGUGCAGGUGGGUCCUUCUGCUCUGCUCACUGGCCUUGGUGCUGAUUGCUCACUGUCAGGAUGGGCCAUUCUUACUGCAAUUAUGUAUGUAUGAGAUUUAUCUGAGUCUUCUAAAACAAAAUAUCCUUAAACCUAUUCUCAGGAUAGCGUACUUCAAAGCAUAAGAAUGUUUAUUUUGUGACACGGCAGCACGUCUGUGAAUGUCUGGUUGAGCACAUGCCUCCUUUUCUCUGAGCUUUGGCAGCUGUCAGGCAAGCCUGUUUGUGGCUCGUGCUGAGAUUUGGAAAGCAGGUGUCUUCUAAACUGGUGGCUUCCAGCACUCCAUCUCAGACUGAGCAGGAGAUGGCAGAGCGAGUGUAGUUGUCUUUAGGGAAUACUUGAAUGGAGUGUAAAGGUAGCUCUUCAUUAGGCCCCUUAGCAUUUUCUCUCCUUGUGACAUUUGUAAGUUUUUGACACAGAUUAUUUUUGGAGGUCUGCUGUGAAUGAAAGUAACUGAUUAUUUACAUGAUUGGUAUUUUUAAGAAGUAUUUGUACAGUAAGCCAGAAGUAACUAUUUUAACAUCUCAGUGUACACAAGAUCCUUAUUUCUGAAAUAAUAGAAGUUCUAGCAAGAUGGUGAUUGCUGUAUUUUUUCUACCUGAAACGUCCAUUGGGGAUUUGGUCAAGAAAGCAACUCAGGCUUCUACUGUGCAGCACAGUGCAGUGGUAGGUAGGACUUGAAGCUAAUGCCUCUGUGUGGGUCUUAACUCAGUCCUGCCACUCACUUCACAUGUGACCUUGGAAAAAAAUCAAGUGACCCUUAACCAGUUCAUCCCAGUUUCUGCAUCUGUAAUUUGAAGACAAAAUCCACCCCAUAGAUUUGGGAUGAAAUGUGCAGACUCUGGCAUCAUGUUAAGUUUUAGCUGCUGGUGGUUUGACUUUUCUCUAAGUGAAAAACGUAAAUGCCAGAUUCCUUUCUCCACUUUAUCCUGGUCUCCAUAAAGUGUCGUUUUAAAGUGAAA